GAUGGCAAUAUUGGGACACUGAUAAUCAAUGAAAUUACAAGCAAAACAAAAAUGCGAACUUUAGUUUAUACGCCCAAAAUCGGAGAAUUGCAACACGGAAAAGGCUGAUUUGCAAAGUCCGCUUUGGACUGGAGCGGUUUGGAGCAAAGGUCGUCGGUUUUCUGCUGCGGUUGCGCGCAAACGCAACAGGUUGGCAGCAAACAAGGAAGAAGAAAUGAAUUUCCUUCUGGAGUCGCUUCUCACACUGUUCCUGUCGCUGUAUUACAUUCUGGAAGCUCUGGUGCUGCUGGUCGUGCCGGUACGGAGGAAGAAUGUGAGCGGGGAGAUAGUGCUGGUGACCGGGGCUGGCAGCGGCGUCGGGCGGCUCGUGGCGCUCGAGUUCGCCCGCCGACACGCCACGCUCGUGCUCUGGGACAUCAAUGAGGAAGGCAACAAGGAGACUGCCCGGCAGGCCCGAGAGCGCGGAGCUUCCCGGGUCUACACCUACACGUGUGAUUGCAGCAAGAGGACUUCUGUCUACGAAGUAGCCGACAAGGUGAAAAGAGAGGUUGGAGAUGUCAGCAUUCUGAUAAACAACGCAGGUAUUGUCACAGGAAAGAACUUCAUUGAUUCACCAGAUACCAUGCUGGAGAAAACCAUGGAAGUGAACAGUCUUGCACAUUUUUGGACCUAUAAAGCGUUCCUGCCUGCAAUGAUUGCCAGCAACCAUGGCCAUCUGGUUAGUAUUGCCAGUUCAGCAGGACUUUUUCCAGUCAAUGGAUUGGCAGAUUAUUGUUCAAGCAAGUUUGCAGCAGUUGGCUUUGCUGAGUCUGUUGCACUAGAAUUGCUUGUUGCAGGGAAAAAUGGUGUCAAGACUACCAUCGUUUGCCCAUUCUUUAUAUGCACCGGCAUGUUUGAUGGCUGUAAAACCAAGUGGCCACAUCUUCUUCCCAUUUUAGAUCCAAAUUAUGUUGCCAAAAAGAUUAUGGAUGCCAUUUUACGGGAACAAAUUCUUCUUAUAAUGCCACGAAGCCUGUAUUUUCUGUUUGCUCUGAAAAAUUUGCUUCCUACGAAACUUGGAAUUCUUCUUGGACACUAUUUCGGUGUUUUCGAUAUCAUGGAAAACUUCAGGGGCCGAGUUAAAAAGGAUUAAAAUGAUUUACAGCGUUAAUAAAAACUGUUUUAAAUGUACUUUAUUACAAAAAUAACAUGCAAUGUAAUACAUUAUGCAGUGCCACUUUAUCUUGCUAUGAUCAAGACAUCAGUAUCAGGUUGCAAUAUUAUUUACAUGCUGAAGUUACUUUCUAUUGAUAAUUUCAAGCUUGCAAAAAAUAUAAUGCUUCUAUUCCAGGCAAUAAAAGGUGUGACAAAUUCAGCAGCAAA